CUCUUCCUCCUCCGGUUUAUCUAGUCGAAUUUAAGAGCCCUGAGCCCAUCUCUCUCUUAUCUCCUCCGGUAGAAGAAGAAACCAUGGCGUCGACCACCGAUUUCACCAAAUCUCUGCUAUCUCCUUUCUCCCAUGGAAAUGCGAGCUUGAAUUCGCAGAGAGGAAGUAGACAGAACGCUACAUGGCCAAAUCAGUACAAGCCCACCAAAUUUUGCAAAAGGUCUCUUCGUGUGAAUGGAUUAUUCGGAGGUGGGAAGAAAGAUAACACCGAGGAUGGACAAUCAAAGGCAGGAAUCUUUGGGAAUAUGCAGAAUAUGUAUGAGACUGUGAAGAAAGCUCAGAUGGUUGUUCAAGUUGAGGCUGUACGUGUGCAAAAAGAGUUAGCUGCCGCGGAAUUUGAUGGUUAUUGUGAAGGCGAGCUUGUCAAGGUUACAUUAUCAGGGAACCAGCAACCAAUCCGUACUGAUAUAACUGAUGCGGCAAUGGAACUAGGUUCCGAAAAACUUUCACAACUGGUCACAGAAGCAUACAAGGACGCACACGCAAAGAGUGUAGUGGCUAUGAAAGAAAGAAUGAGCGACCUUGCGCAGAGCUUAGGCAUGCCACCGGGACUUCAGUGAAAGAAUGAAGUAAGAAACUGUAAUUGUUGUCAUAUUCAAAACUUUCAGUUAUGAGAGGUUGGCUUUCUUUUCUUUGUAUCAGUCAGGCAAAAAGCACAGAUCUUUGUACUUUACUCUUAUGGAAUCAGAUAUAAAGAUUUAAAUCUUUUGUCUC